AUGGCUGCCAGUUCAUUUUUCCUUAAUCGACACCUCAAACUCAGCUUCUGUGUGUUCCUGUUAUGUCUCAGUGGAACAGCUGUUGCUCAGUUAUCCUCCACAUAUUACCUACUUUCAUGUCCUCUUGCUCUUUCUGUCAUUGAAGCCGAAGUAGUCACUGCUGUGUCCAGUGAGCCUCGCAUGGGUGCUUCCUUGCUCCGUCUCCAUUUCCACGACUGCUUCGUCCAAGGAUGUGACGCGUCAGUAUUAUUGGACGACACAGCAAAUUUCACGGGUGAAAAAACAGCAUUUCCCAACAAUAAUUCUCUGAGGGGAUUUGAUGUUAUAGACAACAUAAAAUAUAAACUAGAGCAAUUGUGUCCCGGAGUCGUCUCAUGUGCUGACAUUCUGGCGGUUGCUGCGAGGGACUCUGUUUAUGCACUGGGUGGACCUCACUGGGAAGUGAGAUUGGGAAGAAAAGACUCGACCAACGCAAGUUUUAGUGAUGCUAAUAAGGAUUUACCAGCACCCUUCCUCAAUCUCAGUAGCCUCAUCACUGCUUUCGCCAACAAGGGCUUCUCUCAGCAAGAGAUGGUUGCUUUGUCUGGGUCUCAUACGAUAGGGAUGGCGGCGUGCAGGAUGUUCAGGAACAGGAUCUACAACGACACCAACAUAGAGUCGUCGUUUCAAACGUCGGAGCAAGCAGUGUGUCCGGCGCUAGGCGGAGACGGCAACCUAGCAUUUUUCGACGCCACCAAUAACGGAAACUCUUUCGAUAACUUGUACUACCAAAACUUGGUGAAUCAGAAGGGUCUGCUGCACUCCGACCAAGAGCUCUUCAAUGGAGGCGGCACAGACUCUCUUGUUCAAGAUUACGCCCGGGAUUCUUCUCUUUUCUUCCACGACUUUGCUGAUGCCAUGAUUAAAAUGAGUGAGCUCACUCCUCUCACUGCUCCAAAUGGUCAAGUUAGGACUGAUUGCAGAAAAAUCAAUUGA